AUGGAUCAUGUCAAUCUUGCGACAGUAACUAGUACUUUAAGAAUGGACAAUGCUACAGUAAAUAAUUUUGUACUUAAUAAAAGUUUAGAUUGCUCUUGUAGUUCAGGAAUGUGCUAUGGUGAAGGCUAAUUUGAGGAGAUAUAUGUAAAUUCAUUAUCAAGAGAGGAACUGGAACUGGGGACGAAGAGAUACCCUUAUACUUAACUGCAAACAGCUUUUAUUGAAAUAUUCAACUAAUAUGCCGGGACAGAAGUUUAAUACUAAAUACUAAUAAUGGAAAAUACUAUUAACCAGCUUUAAAAUUUGAAUUAGUAGACAUCUAUCUUCAACAUGCGUAACCUCACUAUCAAGUAAAACCUUCUUCCUUAAAUUUUUAGUACUUACACACUUGAUAAUGAUAAAUAAAAACCUGGAUUUUCAACCAUCUUUGUUAAUCCUUAGGUUUCUUACAGUUAUAAUAAAUGCACAAAGUUCGUCCUAAUGACAUAAAUAUACGACGUUCAACCUGGAAACCGAAUAGGUAAACUAAGCUCAAGAGAGUUAUUGACACUUAGAUAUUAAGAUAAUUUUAUCGAGGCUAAUGAUUAGCGCAGAUUAUUUUUCUUUCAUGAUAUUUAAAAUAAAACUAUUACUUUUGAUAAAGUUCAGUUUAAUGCUUAUGGAAAAAUAAUGAAAAGUUUAAAUCCAAUCAAUAUAAAAAUGCUGAAUAGUGAGCUUAUAACAGACUGGAUUAAUGAAGAAAAUAUCACAUUUGAGCAUAUAACAUCUCAGAAUAACUUCAUCUAUUUAAACACUAACCAAAAUACCGUAAUGAGAAUUGAUAAUUUAAGAAGUUACAAUGCCUCCUAAGUCAAUAGCAAUAACCUUCACUAUUUUAUAAGCUCCUAAGGCACAGUAGAUAUUAAUGGGCUAAGUAUUGUAAAUUCAAAAACAACAGUAAGAGCAGUUAUUAUAGUAGGUCUGACUCCUACAAUUAUAAUAAAUAACUUUGAAUUCAUAAACAACACAUUUGAUGAGUUUUCAACAUCAUCUUGCAUUUUUAAAGGUUCAUCUACUUUGUACACUGCAACGAUCUAUUUGAAUAAUUUGAGGUUUUAAAAUAAUAUUAUGAAUGGCUAUUAAGCUAUACAGUAGGCAUCUGGCAUCAAAUCCUUUUUCAUUAACAAUUCUGUUUUCUCUAAUGAGAAUUCUUAUCUAUACAAAUAACAAGCUAUGAUAGUAAUCUACAAUUCCUUAUUCUCUAAAAAUAGUUUUAACAUUCAAGGAGAUAUCAUAUUAGUACAGUAGAAUUCUCUAAAUGCAACUAGAAUUUUAAACUCUACAUUUAAAGAUAAUGUAAUUGGUGGAAUAAAUCUUAAAUCAGGUGAUAUAGGUAGCUUAAACUACCCAACAAUUAUUGAAAUUGCAAAUUGUACAUUUCUUAAUAACAAGCCAAAGUAUUCUACCUUUAUUAAGUAAUCUUCAAACACUAUGCUUAGAGUAAAUAAUUCAUAGUUUAAUAAAACAAUUGGACUUAAUAGAGGGAGCGUUUUAUUGCAAGACUAUGAGAACGCUAAAGCUACCUUUAUGAAUAGUGUUUUUUUUGGAAAUAAGGCUGUUUAUGGUGGGAUUUUAUAUUCAUAGUAUUCGGGUACAAUAAUCUUUGUCAAAUGCCAUUUUUCUUAUAAUUUUGCUGAAGAGGCAGGAAUUGGAGACUUAAUCAAUGCUUUUAUGGGAAUGAUCAUUCUAGAGAAUAUUGAUAUUCAAGAUAGCUACAUAAGUUUAGAAGACCCUAAUUUUAUACUGAUGAUAUAAAGCUAUUUAAUCAUCAGAAACGUGAAAGUUGAAAAUCUGAAAUACUUUGAUGAAGACUAAAAUGAAACUCAUGACUAAGCUCUUAUAGAACUCACAUUUGCAGAUAUUGAGCAUAACGCAGUCCUCAAUCAUUGCUACAAAUUUUAGUAUAAGCAACAUGACUUACAAGAAUAAAAUGGAUAAGCCUAUUUCUAUUGA